GACUUCAUUUAAUCUAAUUAUCUUAUGACGACAUAAUCGUGAAAAAGAAACCCUACGCGAGAGUAUUGGUACCAUCGAUCAACUGUUUAGUUUAACAUUAGAAGGGUCACAUUCAAUCAGAUCCUCCAUUCAAGUGUUUUGUAUUUUGUUAAACUUAAAUUAUGAUACCUUUAUUAUUUCUUUAUUUUAUAGCGACGCUAAAAGUUUUUAAAAAGUCUACUCCUAAUGGAAAAGUCACUGUUUACGUCGGUAAACGAGAUUUCAUUGAUCACUUGGACUUUAUUGAUCCAAUUGAUGGAGUUGUUGUGGUUGAAAAUGACUAUUUACAAGGGCGGAAAGUUUUUGGAAUGGUGUCUACGACUUAUAGAUAUGGUCGAGAUGAAGAUGAAGUAAUGGGUGUAAAAUUUAGUAAAGAAAUGAUACUGGCAAGUAGUCAAAUCGUCCCACCAAUAAAACAAGUUACAGAUUUAACUCCCAUUCAAAAAAAAUUGAUAAAAAAAUUUGGUAGCGGUAAUGCAUUUCCAUUUGUGUUCAAUUUUCCUCCAAAUUCCCCAUCUUCGGUAACCUUACAACCUGGUGAUGACGAUAGUGGCAAACCAUUAGGAGUCGAAUAUAAUAUUCGCACUUACGUAGCUGAUAGAGAAGACGAAAGAGGAAAUCAAAGAUCUUCCAUCGAACUAGCCAUCAAAAAGUUACAAUACGCUCCACCAACAAGAAGUCAAAGAUUACCGAGUUCGUUAAUUAGCAAAGGAUUUACGUUCUCGCAUGGCAAAAUUAGUUUGGAAGUUACCUUGGAUAGAGAAGUAUAUUAUCACGGAGAGAAAGUUAUCGCCACGGUCGUCGUAAGUAACAGCUCGAGGAAAUUCGUAAAAAACAUUAAGGUGUACGUAGUUCAACAUACCGAAAUUACAAUGGUAAAUGCGCAAUUUUCUAAAUUUGUUGCUAGUUUGGAGACCAGAGAAGGCUGUCCAAUCACACCAGGAGCUGCGUUUACUAAACAAUUCUAUUUAGUUCCACUGGCGUCCAGCAAUAAAGAUAGGAGAGGCAUUGCGUUGGACGGAUAUCUUAAGGACGACGAUGUUAACUUGGCGUCGUCUACCUUGACAUCGGGAGGUAAAGGCCCAAGUGAUCAAACUGGUAUCGUUAUUUCAUAUUCAGUCAGAGUAAAGUUGAAUUGUGGUACUCUGGGGGGUGAUCUUGUGACUGACGUUCCAUUCAAACUGAUGCACCCGAAUCCAGUGGCCGAUGAUUCUACUGCACCGUCCAAGCAACCACAAAAAGGAGUAUUAAAAAAAGCAAAAAGCUCCGAUAGAAUGAAGUAUCAAAAGAGCUUCGGAGAAGAUGACGAAGAUAAUAUAGUAUUUGAAGACUUCGCAAGACUCAGGAAAUUGAUCAAGAUAAGGUGUUUGACCAGUAAAGCAGGACAUGCAAAUAUAACGCAAGAGAGAUCACAGAACUUUAAUCAUAUACGACCCGUCGGUUGACGAACAUAAUGAACACUCGUACUUAUGUUAGAGCGGAAUCUUUAUUAUCCACUACUGUCCUCUACACGGAUACGCGCAAUAUUAUGAAGCACAGAUACCGUUUUACCGACGACCAAAAUGAAACUCGUUCGGGUACGUAAGCAGCCGUUGUACAACAACCGUCGACAGAUGUCCGAAAGAUUAUCAAUUUC